GGCGGCGGGGGGAAGGCGAGGCGAGGCAGCAGGUGCGCGGGGGCGGUGUGUUACAUACCGCGCUGCCUUCCGCUCGCUGUCCGUGCGGAGCGCGGCGCCGGCCAGCGGCAGGAACUGCUGGCGCAUCCCGGGAGGGAGCGGAGCGGGGCCCGGCCCGGGCAGAGCCGCCGCCGGCCGGGGCCCGGAGCGCAGCGUGAGGGGCCGUUGUGCCGGCCCCGGACCCCGCCGGAGCGGGCGCCCCCUCGACCCGGGAUGCGGAGCGGGGCGGGCUGGGUUUGGGCGCGCAGCGGCGGACGCGCGCGGGCGGGGGCAGGGGCGCGCACGCGCCGCGCUGCGGGAGCGCAGUUUCUGGAAAAAUGCUACGAAUUCAGCUCUGAGCAUUUUUAGUAGGAAUGCACGAGUACCGAGAGGUCUGCUUUGGAAAAAGAAAAAAAUCGGGAGUGUUUGGUACAAAAUCAGCGCGAACGUGGGAAGCGCGCGUUUUCCGGCAGGCACAGGCAGCGGCCCGGAGGCGGCGGCUCCGCACCCGGCCGGGGGAGGGGGGAGCGGGGCACCCGCCGCCCGUGGGUGAUGCUCGGCUCCGGCCAGCGCGCGUGGUGCUGCGCAGGGGGAGCGAACUGCUGAGGGCUCAUCCCACGGAAACGCGGCGCUGCCAGCUGCUGCCUUUCGGGUUUCCCUGUACGUUCCCACCACUGUCUUUUUUUCCCAAACCUCACGGCCGGAGCUCGGUGGCUUGCGGCGCCCAUGGGCUGCCGGGGCCGCCGUGCCGCGCCGGGACCAGCCCCGGGACGGGGCCGCGGCUCCCCCCGGCACCGGCAGGGCGGGGGGUGCUGGCUCCCACGGCGCGGGUGCUGGGCGGGGGCAGUGCUGUCCGGGGCGCGUCAGCGGCCGGUGAUGGGUAUCUUGCUGCUUUACAACCCGGUUCUGUGGGGAGGGGUCACGCGGUGUUUGUUCACUGCAUCCCUAGGCCGUGGCGAUGCCCGUGUUUGAUGCUCUCUGUCGGGCGAACCUGAAAGACUGGAGUCGUUUGAAGACCAUGUAAAAGUCAAGCUGCGGAUACCGUCUAAAAAGGGUAGUAAUGGGACCGGGCAUUCAGGAAUAUCCUUUACUGCUGCACAGAGAGACACGGAAAAAGGAAAGCCAAACCAAUGAAAACCACAAAGGAAUGGUAAAUUACAGUAAUGGAAAAAGCCAUCCAAGCACCAAAGGACUAAAUAAACCAAUUUCUCAUGUGAAGUCUUCUUCUGGAAGAUUAGGAAAAAAUAUAUCAAGUGCCAUUGAAAAGGUUUCCUGUAACACUCAAGAUGGUAACCAACCAAGUAUUUUUAAGAAGGGAAAAAACCAGCUAGAUGACAAUACUCAGUCAAAAAGGAUCACAGGUAUUUGCACAUCACUGCACAGAGUACAAGGACCAAAGAGGAGUCUCCCAGAAAGAAGGCAAAAUGAACCUCUUCUGCACAGGAUCCCUCCUAGCGUAAAGGGCAGCACACAAGGUAGCUUCUGUAGGGUUAAAGAUGUCCCAAUGCAUCAUUUUUAUUGCAGUAAAAAAGAACAGUUGGAAAAGAAUCAUGAAGAUCACAUUGCUGAGGGUGGUCCAUGCACUUCUAAAUGGCAAGAAGCAUCUGUAGAUGAAAUGUUUCUGGAUUUUGAGUCGGUACAAAUUAUUAAAGAAGAUGCUGAAGAUGAUAGUGCCAGUGACCUUUCUGAUUCAGAAAGGAUUCCCAUUCUCCCAUCUCCCUGCACACCGCCAGAACUCAUUCUCAGAGCUGAAGAAAUUGAUCCAGUUUGUUUGGAACGUGUCCCUGAUAUGGGUUUUAAAGAAUCAGAAUAUUACUACCCGGACUUCCUCCCACCCCCUUUCAACUCAUGGGACUUGAAGCAACUGGCCAUCUUUGUUAAUGUAGAGGGUAAAACCGAAUUUCGACCAAAGCCAACAGGAUUCCUUGAGAAAUACAUUGAUCGCCUUUUGCAGCUGGAAUGGCUGCAAAUGCAGACUGUGCAGAACGAGAAAGGAAAGGCAGCCAAAGCCAGGCCACAGACUGCUCCUGGCUCCAUCCGUACCCUAAAAAGCCCUGGCAAAAGCAAACCAUUACUCAGUCCUUUGCCUAGCAAGCAAGUGGUUCCCCAAGAAGGUGUUACAAAGCUGCCCAGAAGCUAUUUGGGUCACAAGGGAAGUUCACUCUGUGAAGAAAGUCACCAGUUGUAUUCUCAUCCAGGUCCCUUGAAACUUUCUGAGAGAAUGGGAUGUGCAGUGUCUUCUCAGAGGCCAUCUGGUGAAGUAAGGAGCGAACUGAAAAAAACCCCAACUGCAAAGCAACAGCUUUUCAACAUGCAGCCUGCUGAGAACAAUUCUAAAAUUCAAAGCAUGGGUAAUAUCAGACCCCCUAAGCAAACCCCAGUAUUUCAUGGUUCAGCUGCUCCCAUCAAAGGCUUAAAAACAUACACAUGCACAAAUCCAAAGAAAAAUGGCAAUGCCAACAAUUACGUUCCUCCUAAAAAACCAACAGGGGACAGGAAAAUAAAAACAAAUGGCAUAAAGCAAAUGUCACACAAAUUCAAGUGAAGAAAAAAUUAAUUAGUAAAUAUUGAUGCUUCUUGACCUCUAGAAAGCAUCUGGCCAAUGCAGAAGGGUCGUGUUUUCUUCAUAGGAAGAUCCUAGGAAAAUACGUUCUUGAUGCAUGGUUCUAAGUCAGCACUGUUCAUCUCGAUAUAUUUGAUCUUAAGCCAGCAAGGCCAGCAGGAAAUCUUUUACCUGAAGGCAAGUGUCUUCCAUUGGUCUUUCCUCAAAAACAUUUACAAUGCUUAAUGAAGAUAAGGACAGCAGAGUAUGAAAGUUCAGAGAAAUACAUAAUUAUAAUAUGUCCUCCUGUUUGUACCAGUUGAAGUCCCUUGAAGUCUGUGGUGUUUCUUAUGGUUACCUUGGUGUGGUUGAGUGAAUAGAAUCCAUGCUCUUUUUCUUGAACAGAUAUGCUAUUUUGCGAGACAGGUGUGAUGGUGGUGUUUUCUGAUGGAAAAGGCCUCCACUGUUUUUAUAAAAUAAUGGCGCGUGCUUAUCUAUGCAAAGGCAAUCUGAUUCUUCACAGAAGAUGAUUAAUUGGAAUUUUUUUUGAUGAAUUAGAUACUAUUUUUUGAUAAGAAGAAGAAUGGAGAUAAUGCUAUGAAAUAUUUUAAUGCAGAAAGGAUUCUUUUUAAGACAAAUAAUUAUUAGGGAGCACACAGCUUCAAUAGUGACCGACUAAGAAAAUGGAAUGCAUAUUUUUAUACCCAGAAACCUUCACUGUGUUUACAGACAGCUUUUUCUUGAAGUUCAGUAAGCCUCGAUGCUUUUUGUUGUUUAGAGGAAAUGACCAGAUUUCAAAUUGCACACGGAUAUAUAUGACUAACGCAAAAUGAGGGUAUUACUAGAGACUCCGGGGCCUAAUUUACAGAACUUGUAGCUUCUCAAAACAUAAAAAAUAGACUUUUAGAGGAUGGAUUUAAAGGCAAUUACUGUAAGUUCAAGUAAAGAUAUAUUUUGAUAUGAAAGAUACCUAUUUUCAGUCACCCAAGAUGACUAUUACUUAUUCCGUGGUCCAGUCUACUUCAGUUAGCUUGCAAUUGUUUCAAAGUUUAGUGAAGCGAUGCGGGGAAAUACCCUGCAGAAAGAAACUGUGCAGCCAGGACUGGGUCCUGUCCUGGGACCCUCUGUUUUCUCUUGUGUCUGUGAGAUACAAGAGAAUGUGAAGGAUAGGUCAGUGAGUGUUCAGGUGUCAGUUCAUCAUCAAUCACAGCAGCUGGGGACGUGAUCUUGUUAAGAUAAAAAUCUAGAGAAUGUUUUGUACUUUAAAGUGAAAUACUGAGCAGCACUAACUUCCUCCUCAGCCAUCAUCACAGUGAACUGUUCACGAGAAGUGAGCUGAGGUCUGGUGGACCAGAUUUUACAGGUGGAUUCUUCACAUUGUGACAGAAAAUGAAAAAGUAGCAAAUACUAAAGAGUACAUUAUGUAUAUAGUUAAAUUGCACUUCUCUUGUUGAUCUCAUCUUAGUUUUAAAGAUGCUUAGCUGUUUCUAUUCUUUCAUUGUGCCUACUGGAUCUUCAGCUUUGUAAAAUUUCAAAGCAUGGAUUUAUAUGUAGUUUAAAAUGUGAGACGAUUAAUAAAUGUAGUAAUAAACUGGUGUAUUUUACAGUACAUACAAACAUUGCUCAGGAAUAGUUUAAGAAAUAUUUUUAGUGUUUUUUUUCCUAGUCUACUGGAGACCAAAUGUGAAAUUUUAAAUUGAUAAAGGAAACAUAUAAUAUACGGUAUUAUAGUUCCAUAUUCAGUAUUUGUGAAGUUACAGUUAAAAUGAAUUGUAGUUGCAUGUACAUUCAGCUCUAUGCAAUUAAAGUGAAGCUUAAUCAGACAUGCUCGAAGAUCAAAUAAAUUGGCUGUGUCAGAGAUGUGAAAGGUAGGCGAUGGAAUUCAACACCAGCAGCUGCAGAAGACCAGCACAUUCUAUUGUUGCCAUUUCAUCCGUUUUGUUCUGGACUCAAUAUGUAUUUCAGCUUUUUUUAGAUGAAAGGUUCUUACAUCCAGUGCUAGAAUUUCAGGCUCUGGCCAAAUUCUACAAACCUUUAUUAGUCAAGUUUGCCUGAAUCACGUUAACAGUAUGAAAGUUAGUAGGACUGCUUUUGCCAAUAAGCACUACUUUAGCACACCAUUUUGGUACACUAUUUUAGUGCACUAUUACAAGCACGAAAAGCAAGGUGAGCAGGACCAAGCCAAUGAUCAAUUGAACAACAGGUUUUUGAAACAAAUUGUGUUAGAUGCAGUAAUUAGUUCAGCGUGUUAUUACAGCACUGAAUAUUAGUGUAUGCUAAAUUUUCCUCUGAGAUGUUACUCUAUACUGACGCUUUCCUAGGGUUAUAAGGAAGGUAGAUACAGGCCCAUUUUGCAUGAUCACUUCUUAAAGAGUAAACAGUGUUUCAGUCAGCUUUGAAAAGAGCAAAGGGGAUUGGCACUGAGCAAAGUUUUUUUCGCAAAAGAUAGAGGAAAGUUUUGGUUUAAUGUAGUGCCUGUGAUCUGGUGGACAUCAAUCUGUUGUUGGAGACUCAAAAGUUAAACAGGUGGAGAUGGUGGUGCCACUUAAAUUAAGUCUGAGUACUUGUUCAUCAUUAAGCUUUGGCUGUGAUCUGACUGAUAAGUUUGUUUCGUAUGAUAAUCGCACAAGUAAUUUUCGCUCGUUGAGUUGGUACUUAUUACUUGUCUUUGUUCACAUACAGAAAUAGAGUUUCUGUGUAUACCUCAUCAAACAGCCCUUGGCAUCAGCAGACUUGUAAGGGUUGGAUCUUAUUCCUGCAGCACUUUUGCUUCCAGUUCAACUUGACAAUGUUCUGGGCCUAUAGAUAAAAAGAGCUCCUUUUACGAAGAGGACUAUGGUUUAUUUUUCCCUCAUUUUGUAUUGAUGGAUAUUGUCUUCUGAAGCACUUCUGAAUAUAGCAGAAAAGUUUAUUCCAUGAAAUACAUUCAGUUUGGAAUUAAAAUACUUCCCCAGCA